AAUACUUCCAUGAGAAAUUUUUAUCCAGAGUAGCCAUGACGUUAACACAGCUGUGUAUCAUGUUGCCACCGUCAAAUCACUGGGCCACAGGCACUCAUGGAAACAAUCCAAGGUCAACCAACCUUGCGUACAUUAGUACGUCCGAGCUGUCAACAACUUCUUGCGAUCGUCACGCUGCUCGCCGUCUGUUUAUUAACAGUGCCAGCCCGAAACCUAGCCUUCGACGUGACACAGUCCCCCCCUUUUGUCCCUAAUUCCUCGCAAAGUAGAAUUUGUGAAGCCUUUGUAGUGACCUUCUCGUUCUUAUUCUACAAUCCAAAUCGUCUAUGGUACCAUGCCUGUCCAACCAGGAGAACAUACUUCGUCUAGCACUGGCACUACUCGAUGUCCUGUCGAGCUUCGAUGCUGUAUAUCACAGGAUGGCAUGCGUCGCAAACCAGCUGCAACUGCCAAAUCACUUUCCCCCUCUCAACUCGACACCAUUUCGCAGAAGGCUAAAUCACAGACAAUUCGUGACGGUCCUCUGCCCACUACUGCAAGGCUGAGCCGAGUAUUUUCUUUCCCUCAAUUGGGUACGAAUACCAACAAGUCAACGAACAUUAUUCCAGCAAUCCCGACUCAAUCCGAUAGCAUUAUUGUCAGCAGUCGCAGUAAACGAUUGGUUCGACAUCCCUCGCGAAAUCCCUCGCGACAUUUAUCAUCAAUGUCAACUUUCGCACAGACAUCCUCCUCGCAGCAUGCUACCCCCUUCACUAGCACACUACCCCGACCACCUUCGAUGUGCGUUACGGACAUAGCAUCAAAGAGGCCCACAAACAGAACAUCCUGUUCACUCCCAAUCUCUGUUGAAGAUGAAACGGACGAGGAAAGUGAUGAUACAGUUGCACGUUAUCGGAAAAUAAGGCAACUGCAAAUGGCCAGGUUGGCUAAACUGACUCGUCACUUGGGCGAGGAUAUUCCGCCGGAAUUGGUUUUAUCUUCCACUAUUCCAACAAAUAUACUCGAAUCCAAGAGUCGGGUAGACAGCCUUUCAAUACAUUCAAGUAAAGACCACCGGAGAUGGCGGAGUUUAGACCCCACAGAAGACUCCCAAUCGGCACCAGCACUUCCGAGCUCGUGCACGCUAAGGAAGAGUAGGUCACUGCGUGAUACAGAUGGCAUUCUGCGACUGCAGACCCGCAGUGAGCAUGCCGUCAAUGUCGUAGACUGGAAGCUUCCGUAUGCUUUCCACCCUCCACAGACAGAGAUCUCCUUCAACAUUCUCAACCCACAGACUGUACCGCGGUUUCUAUAAACGGACAUGAUGAUGUUUAUCAUUCGUUGAUGUCGACUCCAAAUGCUCCCUAUGGUUCUCAG